UUCGCACGGAAGGGGCGGAGCCUCCACCCGCAGGCAGCGGCUCCUCGGCGGCGGUUAAUAACAACAUAAGAAGAUUAGCUGCAACUUCUCUCCACUUCUCUAAUCUUAUCGAUCUGAUAAUUUAUCGUGCUUUCUUACUACUUUUUUUUUUUGGUAGAAAGAUAACCUUUUUUUGUAAACUAAAGAACGGGGGGUGUGGGGGGAUCUGAGGCGUUUCUCUCUGUCUCUCUUUCCUGUUCUUUAAAUCCCUUAGUCAGAGGCAGCGUGCAAAUUAAAAGCAAUCUUUAGGAGAAAAUCCAGCCUUCCGUACAUCUGCCUCCCUGACAGAAACAGCACGACCCCAGUUGCCGUCCUCAGGCGCGGCGGCAGGCAGGGGCAGGCAGUGCCCGUUUGCGUGUGGUGAGGCGGGUCAGGCACGGCCGGGCGCAGCCGCUGGCGGCGGCGGGUUUGCGGGACGGACGGCCGCGAGAGAGGGCCAGCGUUGCUCCUCGGUAACGCUACCGGCGGCAGAAGACGACCGGCUGCCGGGGACCAUCUUGCCGCUGCUCUUCUGGCGGCGCUUCCGUGUGGCGGAGGGGCUGGCUGGGUGGGAAGGACGGAGGCAGGCUGCAGCUUGACUGCACAGGGCUUUAUUUACAUACACAAAUAGCUGCGUGCGGAGAGUUUCUCCUGCCGGCUCGGUGGCGGUGGGUCCUGCGAGCUGCCUGGAGUAAUCCCGAGCUGGAGCUCGCUCUCCCGAGCGGGGUGGGAGAAGAGAGCCGAGGCAGGGCAUGAGUUUUAGCGCGAAAAGCGGCGCUUUGCUGAGCUCCCGGGCACCGCGGUCCUGGUGGUGGCGGCGGCGGCAGCAGCCGUCCUGCGCCGCGGCGGGUCUCGCCUGGUCCUACUUCGGUGGCAGCCGGCCGCGGCCCAUCCUGGACAUGUCCUACUCCCGUCACUUUCUGGAUUUCCAGGGCUCGUCCAUCCCCAGCUCCAUGAAGAAGCUGGUGGUGACUAAGCUGAGCCAAAACUUCAGGGAAGCGGUUACCCUGCGGCAGGACUCGCCCGUGCCACUCCCGGGAGACGGAGACCUCCUUGUCAGGAACAGAUUUGUCGGCAUUAAUGCAUCUGACAUAAACUACUCAGCUGGUCGAUAUGAUGCCUCAGUUAAACCCCCGUUUGAUAUAGGUUUUGAAGGUGUCGGUGAAGUGGUAGCAUUAGGACUCAGUGCUAGUGCUGAUUACACAGUGGGUCAAGCUGUGGCCUACGUGAAAGCAGGUUCCUUUGCUGAAUACACAGUUGUGCCUGCCAAACAAGCGGUUCCUCUACCCUCUGUGAAACCCGAGUUUCUUACUUUAAUGGUAAGUGGCGCUACUGCAUACAUCAGUUUGAAAGAGCUGGGAGAGCUGUCUGAAGGCAAGAAGGUUCUGGUGACAGCAGCGGCUGGAGGAACGGGCCAGUUCGCUGUGCAGCUUGCAAAGAAGGCAGAAUGCCAUGUAAUUGGAACCUGCUCCAGUGAUGAAAAGGGUGGUUUUCUGAAAUCCAUUGGCUGCGACCGUACGAUCAACUAUAAAACUGAAAAUGUUGAAUCUGUUCUUAGGAAAGACUACCCUGAAGGUGUGGAUGUAGUGUAUGAAUCUGUUGGGGGAAAGAUGUUUGACUUGGCUCUUAACUCCUUGGCUACCAAAGGGUGCCUGAUAGUUACUGGGUUUAUCGCUGGCUACCAAAACCCUACUGGCCUCCAGCCCAUUAAAGCGGAGUUAUUGCCAGCAAAACUAUUGAAGAAAUCUGCCAGCGUCCGGGGUUUCUUCUUGAACCAUUACCUUUCCAAAUACAAAAUGGCUCUGAAGCACUUGCUCGAGAUGUAUGAAAGAGGAGACCUGGUUUGUGAGGUGGACUUUGGAGACAUGUCUCCAGAGGGCAAGUUUACUGGCUUGGAGUCUGUAUUCCGUGCUGUAGAUUACAUGUACAUGGGAAAAAACAUUGGAAAAAUUGUAGUUGAAUUACCUCACUCUGUCAACAGUAAGCUGUAAAAACAGAACAAUGAUAUAAAUCAGAAGAGAGAAAAUGGGCACUUUAUGCCUCAGAAUUACUAGAAACAAUUUCUUUUUUUAAGCUUAGUAAUGGAUAUUAUAUUAAAAAACAGCAUUAAGGUGUUAAUAAAAAGUUUUGUGUUCUUUUCUUUUCUUUUCUUUUCUUUUCUUUUCUUUUCUUUUCUUUUCUUUUCUUUUUUCUUUUCUAAGUGCUUAAAUCGGUGGCUGUAGCAUGGACUUAACGGGCCAGUGUUUGAUUCUGUCGCUUAGGCUAGCAUGAGACAAGAACGUUGUUCUUGACAGACUAAGUCUUGAUGCAGAGGCAGAUUUAGUCUGUCAGAUUGGUUUGAUAAUACUUUAUAUAUAGUUCAGCACAGGAAAAAAAAUCUUUCAGCAAUUUUGAUUCCCUGAUUUAAAAAUAAAAUUGUUAGAACAAGAUGAAGAGUUGUAUCUUGUGCUUGUUCUAUUAAUCUCUUGAAGUUUCUGAAAAAAAAUUAUGCUCUUCAUUUUUUGUCACAAACACGAUAAUCGUAAUUCAGUUGUAUCAUGGAUCAUAAUAAUAUUCCUUUACUGGUUACAUAGGGAACAUUUAUCCUCCAAUUCUGACAUGUCAGGAAUAUGAAGAAAAGCAACUUGACUUUUUUUUUAAUUAUGUCUUUCGUAACUAUAAACAACUGUGCAAUUUUCUUUUAAAUCUUUAACUACAAGUUGCAACAUAAUCUCAUUUUCUUGGCUUUUCAUUUGCUUCUUUACUGUUUACUGUCCGGUCUCCACUCCAGUCAGUGUUACAAGAUUAUUGGGGUGGGGUUUUGAGCCAUGUUCAUGCGUGUUCAGGUCUUUUGAAGUGUUUUGAAGAUUUAAUAAAGUUAAAAAAGCUAUUUAAA